UUCAAGUUACUCACUCGCCUCCUUUGCGUUACCGGAAAAUUUCGAGAUGCUCUCUAUGUUGAGGAGCUGGGACGAGCAAGAGUCCUCGCAGAAUUCAUGGCAGACAAGUACUCCGCUGUAAGCCACAUCUCAGCUGAUCCACGAUCAUGGUUCGGGAUUGAAAACAUCGCGAGAAGAGAGAGUAACUGUGUUUUUUUGUACAUUUCGUAUGAAGAUCGGCGAGUUCUUCUCUGGGUAUUGAAAGCAAAUGGAGACAUUUUCUUUCGAGAAACAGACGAAGUGAAAAUAGACACUCUUAUUGCUGAGCGAGUUUGCGAAGUGGAAGGAGUUUUCAAAAAGAGCGCCGAAUGCUUUGGUGUUUUACCCACAGCGAACUGCGAAGACCGAUCGUUGGAUGACAACUUGACGACAUCUCUUCACGAAGAGAGCCAAGCAAAUUUGCGUGGUGACGAAACCAAAGAUACCGGAAGAAGCCAUCAUUUGUGCUACGAAUGGAUCGUCGCACCUGUGGCAGAUUUACUCACAGAGCCCGAAAUCAUCAUUGUACCGGAUAGUUUUUUGUACCGAGUCCCAUUUGCUGCCUUGCGUGAUGAACAAGCCGGAAAGUAUUUAUCGGAGAAGUACAGAAUACGCAUCGUCCCUUCACUGACAACUCUCCGGCUCAUUCAAGAAUGUCCAGCAGACUAUCACAGUCAAACUGGCGGACUGAUCGUGGGUGAUCCUACGGUUGGCAAAGUACAAUACAAUGGACGUCUCAUUGACAUUAAACCAUUGUUCUGUGCAAGUAAGGAAGCAGAGAUAGUUGGUCAACAACUGGGUGUUCAGCCUUUAUUGGGAAGUCGCGCAACAAAGCAGGCGGUUCUUCAAGCAAUACCUUCAGUGAGUCUGAUACAUCUUGCCGCACAUGGAAAUGCCAAAAGAGGAGAGAUUGCCCUCUCUCCUAAAUGUAUUACUAACAGUACUCCACAAGAGGAAGACUACCUCCUGAAAGUAUCCGACAUUGAAAGAGUUCAAGUGCGAGCUAAACUGGUAGUACUCAGCUGCUGUCACAGUGGGCGUGGAUUGGUUAAAAAAGAAGGAGUUAUUGGAAUCGCUCGGGCAUUCUUAGCAUCUGGUGCACGUUCAGUGUUGGUAGCAUCGUGGGCUAUAGAAGACAAAGCAACGGCGAAGCUCAUGAAACAAUUUUAUAAACACCUUGUGCGUGGAGAAAGUGCUAGUGAAUCUCUUCACCAGGCUGUUCAAUGGUUGAGAAGCAAUGGAUUUUCCAAACCUUCCCAAUGGGCUCCGUUUGUGUUGAUGGGGGAUAACGUGACAUUUGAUUUUAUGAAAAAAGGGAAAGAAGAACUCGAGGAGGACAACAACGAGGCGAAGAAGAAACAGAGUGACUACUGAUCCUGCACAAAGAUUCUUCUUCCUAAACGUUGUCGUUCAAUGGACAUUGGUAUUACUUUGCGAAGACAUUUUUAAUUUUUUUAUUUAGUCAAGUAGUAGAUUUUGCGUGCUUUUGUAGAAAGGGCUUAAUCAAAAGGCAGCGACGAUGAAACCUGCAAUUAAGUCGUUUGAUCUAUUAAGUGUACAAUCAAUAAGGAACUACAAUAAAUUGGGAUGGGAAAACUGAACGCUGGAUAUUAGCUCAAUGUAUAAAAAUGACAGAAUGUUAGCAAAGCUUCGUCAAAACUCAAAAUUAAUCCUUGAUUUAAAUCAGUACGAUUCUGUUUUCAAUUCUCCCGCUGCACGCGCACGUGAUCAUCGAAGAGUGAUUAAGACUGUUCACAGGUGCAGGACAUAAUAAUAAACUAACAGAAGAGGGAACAAAAAGUGCCGAGAUACUGAAGACAUAAUAAAAAAAGAGAACGUAAUUAUGUAAAAAUCAGACAGAGAUGAUAAAAAUGCUUGAGAAUUACCGCAAAAAUCAAACAGUGUUGUGAACAGGGCGCUACAUAUUAAUCAAAAAGUUAAGUGCAGAAGGAAACAAACAGAGUGCAAUAUACUAAUAGGAAAGUUUUAACAAAUAGAGAAGAAGAGAAACGGUGAGCGAAUUAUUGAGAUAAAAUUAGGAGAAAACAUUGGGAGAGAUACUAACGCCAAACAGAAGAGUGCAAACAGUUCGUAGGAUAUGAACGUGACAAUCAGCCAGAAUUAACCCUUUAACUCCCAAGAUCUCAUUAGAAUUUCUCCCUACUGUCUGCUAUAAAAUACGUAUGAUUUCAAUUUGGAGAAUUUGGUCUUGGAUCAGCCCGUAGUUCCUUAAUUGAGUUUUCUUCUUUAUUCUCCUCACUUGUCUGCUUGAUUCCCUGUUGAUAUUGUAAGGAGAAAUU